AUGAACGACGAUUUAUGUGAAUUAAUAGUUAAUCAUGCAAAUCAAAUAUUCCAAUCUUUAGGGAAUUUGAAUGGAUAAUUAAAUGAAAAUGGCAGCUUGAGUAAUUAUUUUUUGAUUAUUCCAAUAGCAAAUCACAAUCCUACUUCAUCCAAUAUCACAUCAACACAAGGACUAGCAUUCAUGAUGCUCCUACUUUUUGGUGCUUAUGCAUUGCUAUCAAUUUUUUCUCCUCAGCGAUAACAAGUUAUGUAAAAGGGCAAUAUAUAAAAUUAACAGAAUCACAAUGAUUGA